CAUCGCUCGGUGGCUCAGCUCCAUGUUGCGGCGCUGCGUGGCACUGGGCACCGACUGGCUCCGGCUGCAGCGCGCACACAUGUCGUGAAUGGCACCGGACCCUUGGCACAAUCUGCGGCCGAGAAGGAGCCCUGCGACCCCCGGGCCCCCCCCCGCGACCUGCGGCACGCCGAGCCUGCGACGCGACCCCCCCCCCAACCCCCGCCACUGCCGCAGCUGUGAGCGUCUCCCGGACCGAAUGAAGCCGCGUCGAUCGGUGCGGGUAUUUUCAGCCGAGCUGUUCCGGAGCGACUGGAAACGUGCGCACCGGGUCGAGUGACAUUUUGGGAGCGAGGAGCCGCGCGGAGCUCUGCGGCCGCGGAGGACACCGGAACCGGGAGGAGGCAGAGGAGGCUCCAGUGUGAUGCCGGAGCUGGACAGAAAAACAAAGGUUCGAGUCUGAGAGAGCAGUGCUGGGUGUCCCCUCUGGAGAGGGAUCGGGACCGAGGCUCAGCGCUGCGACAUGUAGCGCCUGGCUGCCCUCAAAGCCGGAUUUGGAGACGCGCCUGCAGUCUACUCAUGAUUUCUCUGUAGUCUGGUCCAGGGCAUCUGCUGCAGUGAUGUUCAGGAACAGCUUGAAGAUGCUGCUGACGGGGGGGAAGGCCAACCGCAAGAGCCGCAGCAGUGAUGGUGGGAGCGAGGACUUGGCAGAUGCCCGCUCGCCCGGUCUAGACCCUCACCUGUGCCACGUCGGCCAAGGUGGCAGCAUCGACAGCGACUGCGCCUUUGAAGGAGACUACGCGGUGCCGCCGCUCUCCAUGACCGAGGGCAUGCAGCACAUUCGCAUAAUGGAGGGCGUGUCCCGCUCGCUGCCCUCCUCCCCGCUGCUCACCCACCAGACCAUCAGUGUCCGGCUGCAGCCUGUGAAGAAGCUCACAGCCCCUCUGCGGAAAGCAAAGUUUGUGGAGAGCCCGCGCAUUCCACAAUCAGAGCUUGGCUCCCCUACACACACCUGCACCACUGCCAAGAAUCCAGACCUGGACACAUACUGCCCUGGGGAGUCAAGCCGGGAGCUGGGCCCCCCUCCGUCGGUGGAUGAGGCAGCCAACACAUUGAUGACGCGCCUGGGUUUCCUUCUGGGAGACAAAGCGAGCGAGGGGCCAGCCGGCAACCAGUACAGCAUGGAGGAACCCGAGGCGAGACAGGGCCAGAACCAGAGGAUCAGCCCGUGCUCCACCCUGACCAGCAGCACUGCCUCCCCCCCUGCAGGCAGCCCCUGCUCCACCCUCCCCCCUGCCAUGCCAGGCCAAGCCGGCGGCAGGGACUGCGCCUACGGCUCCGUCACCAGUCCCACCUCAACACUGGAGAGCAGGGACAGCGGGAUAAUCGCCACUCUGACCAGCUAUUCCGAGAACAUGGAGCGAGGCGGCAAAUACGGCGAGGGCUCCCGGGCCAACCUCAAGCUGUGGCAGUCCCAGAAAUCAGGCAUGGACUCGUUCCUGUACAGGGUGGAUGAAAACAUGACAGCCUCCACUUACAGCCUCAACAAAAUCCCUGAGCGCAGCCUGGAGAGCAUGUCCUCCCACUCCGCCCACUCCAUCCCUCUGUACCUCAUGCCCCGCCCUAACUCUGUGGCAGCGACUAGCUCAGCCCACCUGGAGGACCUGGCCUACCUGGAUGAGCAGAGGCACACGCCGUUACGCACCUCGUUGCGCAUGCCCAGGCAGAGCACCACCUGCGGGCCGGGUCGCUCCGGGCAGGACCUGAGAGCUUCCGCAAAUAACACCCAUGCCUGGCAAUCCCAGUCACUACGGUUUGCGCCUUAUCGGCCUCAAGACAUCGCCCUCAAACCUCUGCUGUUCGAGGUGCCCAGCAUCACCAUGGACUCCGUCUUCACGGGCCGCGAGUGGCUCUUCCAGGAGAUUGACGCCCACCUCAACAGCCCCAACGCCACCACCAACCGCGGCGUGGUGGUAGUCGGCAAUAUCGGCUUCGGAAAGACUGCGAUCAUGUCCCGCCUGGUGGCGCUCAGCUGCCACGGCACCCGCAUGAGACAGAUCGCCUCCGACAGCCCGCAGGCCUCGCCCAAACAUGGAGAGGGGCUCCCUCUCACCCAGCCUCAGCCCACGCACGGCACCCUGGGAGGAGGCAGCUGUCCAGGGACCCCUGAGAUGAGACGACGUCAGGAAGAAGGCAUGAGGAGGCUGGCGUCUCAGGUGGUGGCGUAUCACUACUGCCAGGCGGAUAACGCCUACACCUGCCUGGUGCCGGAGUUCGUGCACAACGUGGCCGCUCUGCUGUGCCGCUCGCCGCACCUCGUCGCCUACAGGGAGCAGCUGCUGAGGGAGCCGCACCUCCAGAGCAUCCUGAGCCUGCGCUCCUGCGUCCAGGACCCGCUGGCCUCCUUCAGGAGGGGGGUGCUCGAGCCCCUGGAUACACUUUACAAAGAGAGGAAGAUCAGCUCGGAGGAGGACCUCAUCAUCCUCAUCGACGGUUUGAACGAGGCAGAGUUCCACAAACCGGACUACGGAGACACCAUCGUGUCCUUCCUCACCAAAACCAUCAACAAGUUCCCUCCCUGGCUGAAGCUGGUGGUCACAGUCAGAACCACGUUACAGGAGAUCACCAACGCGCUGCCGUUCCACCGCAUCUCUCUGGACGGCCUGGAGGAAAACGAUGCCAUCGACCAGGACCUGCAGGGCUACAUCCUGCACCGCAUCCACAGCAGCCCAGAGAUCCAGAACAACAUCUCGCUCAACGGCAAGAUGGACAACACCACGUUCGGCAAGCUCAGCGCCCACCUCAAGGCCCUGAGUCAGGGCUCCUAUCUGUACCUCAAGCUCACCUUUGACCUCAUCGAGAAGGGCUACCUGGUUCUGAAGAGCUCCAGCUAUAAGGUGGUCCCAGUCAACCUGGCCGAGGUCUACCUGCUGCAGUGCAACAUGCGCUUCCCCACGCAGUCGUCGUUCGAGCGGGCGCUGCCUCUGCUCAACGUGGCCGUGGCGUCGCUGCAUCCGCUGAACGACGAGCAGAUAUACCAGGCCAUCAACGCCGGCUCGAUGCAGGGCACGCUGGACUGGGAGGACUUCCAGCAACGUGUGGACAACCUGUCGGUCUUCCUGGUGAAGAGGAGGGACGGCACCAGGAUGUUCGUUCACCCGUCCUUCAGGGAGUGGUUGAUCUGGAGAGAGGAAGGAGAAAAGACAAAGUUCCUGUGUGACCCAAGGAGCGGUCACACCCUUCUGGCCUUCUGGUUUUCUCGGCAGGAGAACAAGCUGAACAGACAACAGACUAUCGAACAGGGCCAUCACAUCCUCAAAGCACAUAUCUUCAAGGGUCUCAGCAAGAAAGUUGGGGUUUCCUCAUCUAUCUUGCAAGGCCUGUGGGUAUCCUACAGCUCCGAGGGCCUUUCAGCUGCACUUUCUUCACUGAGAAACCUCUACACCCCCAACAUCAAGGUGAGCCGGUUAUUGAUGAUGGGCGGCGGCAAUGUGAACUACCGUACGGAGGUGCUGAACAACGCCCCCGUCCUGUGCGUCCACUCCCACCUGGGCUACAUGGACAUGGUGGCUCUGCUGCUGGAGUUCGGCGCCUCUGUCGACGCCCCGUCUGAAAGUGGUCUGACGCCGCUGGGCUACGCCGCCGCCGGGGGACACAUGUCCAUCGUGACCGCUCUUUGCCGCAGGAGAGCAAAGGUGGACCACUUGGAUAAGAACGGCCAGUGCGCCCUGGUUCACGCGGCGCUGAGGGGCCACAUGGAGGUGGUGAAGUACCUCAUCCAGAGCGACUGGAGCAUGGGGCCGCAUCAGCAGCAACAGUCACCACAGACACAACAACAGGCGGCGUUUACCAAGAGCCACGCCGUGCAGCAGGCGCUCAUCGCUGCUGCCAGUAUGGGAUACACAGAGAUCGUCUCCUACCUGCUGGACCUGCCGGAGAAAGACGAAGAGGAGGUGGAGCGGGCUCAGAUCAAUAACUUCGACACCCUGUGGGGGGAGACAGCUCUGACCGCAGCCUCCGGUCGGGGGAAGCUGGAGGUUUGUCGCCUGUUACUGGAACAAGGUGCGGCCGUGGCCCAGCCCAACAGACGAGGCAUCGUCCCGCUGUUCAGCGCCGUUCGACAGGGACACUGGCAGAUCGUGGACCUCCUCCUCACACACGGAGCAGAUGUCAACCUGGCGGACAAGCAGGGUCGAAGCCCUCUGAUGAUGGCCGCCUCAGAGGGACACCUGGGGACUGUGGAGUUUUUACUAGCUCAAGGAGCUUCUCUGUCUCUGAUGGAUAAGGAGGGUCUGACCGCUCUGAGCUGGGCGUGUCUGAAGGGCCACUUACCUGUCGUCCACUGCCUGGUGGAGAACGGAGCCGCCACCGACCACGCGGACAAGAACGGACGCACGCCCCUCGACCUGGCGGCUUUCUAUGGCGACUCUGAAGUGGUCCAGUUCUUGGUCGACCACGGGGCCAUGAUAGAGCACGUCGACUACAGCGGGAUGCGUCCCCUCGACAGGGCGGUGGGCUGCAGGAACACGUCGGUGGUGGUCGCCCUGCUCAAGAAAGGAGCCAAGAUAGGAUGUCAGACGCUGCCCAGUCGGCCCCGAGGUCCAGCCACAUGGGCCAUGGCCACCUCCAAACCCGACAUCAUGAUCAUCUUACUCAGCAAACUCAUCGAGGAGGGGGACGGCUUCUACAAGAAGGGGAAGGUGAAGGAGGCGGCGCAGCGUUAUCAGUAUGCCCUCAAAAAGUUUCCACGCGAAGGCUUCAGCGAGGACCUCAAGACGUUCAGGGAACUCAAAGUAUCGCUCUUCCUCAACCUGUCCCGAUGUCGGAGGAAAAUGAACGACUUUGGGAUGGCUGAGGAAUUUGCUACGAAGGCACUUGAACUGAAACCAAAAUCUUACGAAGCUUAUUACGCCAGGGCCCGCGCCAAGCGUAGCAGCAGACAAUUUCCUGAAGCCUUAGAGGACUUGAAUGAAGCCAUGAAGCAGUGCCCCAACAACCGAGAGAUCCAGCGGCUGCUCCAGAGGGUGGAGGAGGAGUUUCACAUGCUCAGCCAGGAGGAGCACCAGCAGCAGGACCUGGAAAUGGAGCCUCCUCCCUCCCCGCCUCCUACGCCUCCCCCGGAAGAGGAGGAGUCACUGUCCCUCUCCAUGCCUCUCCCCCCUCCCCCAGAGCCCCGCCUGGAGGACAUGGAGCCUGUCCAGGACCUGUUUGAGGAUGAGGACUACCUGGAGCAGGAGCUGGAGGCCAUGUCGAUGGGUCUUCCCCCGCCCGAUUCCCUCUCCAACCCCUCCAGCCUUCCCAUCAUUCAUAGCCCACCGCUCUCCCCCACACAUCCAGAUCAGAUCUAUUUAACCGGAGGCUCGCCCAUGGGCCAGCCCUACGAGUAUCACCCCACCUCGUCCUCCAUGUCCUCUCCAACCCGCGGGACGUACCAUUCAACGUCGCCCUCUUUAUCCCCAACGCAUCAGAACUCCCACUACCGCCAUAGCCCGCCUCACACCUCCCCGGUGCACCAGCCAUCCUACCGUUUCAGCCCGCCUCCUAUGGGCACCGGGGGUCAGGGAAUGGAUCACCAGAGCCCACCGCCUUCCCCUUUACGUCGGGCUGCACAAUACAGAGCCAGUCCGCCAGUAGAGAGUGUUUGUCUGUACCGGUCCCAGUCCGGGUCUCCUGUGCGCUACCAGACAGAGCAGCACCCCGGCCGACCCAAAUCCCCCCUCUCUAAGAUGAGCAGUCAGCGUUCUUUCCAACUGAGCUCCCAGCCCUCGUUAUCCUCCCAGCACCACCAAGCCCAGGGCCUUCGCCUCCAGCCUUCUAUAGCCCAGAUAGUCCGCACAAACCAGCCCAGCAAUGUAAUGGGCAACAGCAGUUACGUAGGCCAGAUGGGCCACUCCAUGGGUGGUCGCUACCAAGGGGGCUCGGUGGAUGUGGAGAGCCGACUGGUGUAUCAGCCCUCCCUGGAUGGACGGUCCAUGCCCCAGGUCCAGGCCAGCCUCAGCUCUGGGGCCCUCUGUCAGCACGGCGGCCGAGGAGGGGUUAUGGAGUCGAGCCUAUUGAAGGAUGAGCUACCCCAGCGCCCCUCCUCUGCCUACCGCGCCAGCAGCGGGGGCCCAGGGGGCAUCCGUUACAGCCAGACACCUCAGAUAAGCCGCAGCCAGUCGGCCGCCUACUACCCAGUCUCUGAACAUGUACUGGAGCGUGCAAAUGCCAUGCCCCCCUGUCAGCUGGGCUCGCCUGAGAUCCCUCAUAUGGUGAGACGCCCCGUCAGUGCCAAUACUACUGAGUUGAAGCAGCACGUGCCCACCCCCAGGCCUCUCAUCCAUUCUCAGAGCGUAGGCCUUCGGUUCUCCCCCUCCAGCAACAACAUCUCAACUGGAUCCACCUCGAAUUUGGCGCCGGGCUUCAGGCCUUCCUCUUCCAUUCAGCAGAUGGAGAUCCCCCUGCAAGCUACAUAUGAGCGCAGCUGUGAUGACAUCUCUCCCAUCUCUCCCUCGCAGGGCGGCGGGGGGCUGUAUCAGGGCGAGACCAGCCGCUCUCGGAACACGCCCUUCAUGGGCAUCAUAGACAAGACGGCGCGGACUCAGCAGUACCUGCAUCAGCCCACGUGGUCCAGGGGCAUGACGUCCAUGGACUCUGCGAUCAGCCCCACCUCUCCCGGCCAGCUGGUCCAGCAAGGCUCCACUUACAGCCCCCCCGCCUCACUGGGCAACAUCGCCUACUAUAACAAGACUAACAACGCCCAAAACGGACACCUGCUGGAGGAGGACUACUACACCCAGCCCCAGCCCCCCUCCCUGGGCAAACUGGCUAACGGCUCCCGCGGCGGUGGGGACAUCCUGGAGCGGGUCAGCCAGGUGCCCACCUACCCGGACGUCAAGGUGGCGAGGACUCUGCCCGUGGCACAGGCCUACCAGGACAACAUGUACCGCCAGCUCUCGCGUGACUCCCGCACCCAAGGCCCCACGUCCCCCAUCAAACCAAAGAGACCAUUUGUGGAGUCGAACGUGUGAUGGCCUGUCUGUGACUGGUUGGUGGGACUGGGCUUGUUAGAGGCGAACGGACGGUUGGACAGACCCUUGUACAUGUGACACGGACGAACUUGUCCUAGAGAAACUCACGAGAGACAAAUCCAGUCGGAGAGAGAAAACCACACAGCAGGCACAACGGUGAAGCGAUUAUUUCAUUAUCAUACUCUGCACACAGGUAAGAAAACGGGAGGCUCUCCGCAAUUCUGAUCUCACACUGAUUCAAAGACCAGUGCACUUCCAAAAUGGUGGUGAGGCACAAAGUUCCCACAGGUGAACACAACAGAGCGAAAAGUACCAAUAAUCGGACUCUACUCGUGGACUCUGUAUCCAUCCUCUGUUCUUUCAAAGUGUGCUCUUAAGCAAGGUUGCUAGUAGGCUCUAUUCUAUGUAAUACAAUACUAUAUGUUCAAUACUGUACAUUGCUCAGAAAAAACUAAAAUGGCUCAACAACUCAGUACUUAGAGAAAAAUGACAAUAUUUAUAAUUAAGUUAUAUAUUGUACAUAGAAAUAAAACAAAACAUAGUUUGCGUUUGAAUUGUAUUCUGUUACUCCUGCCUUUGUGUCCCACUGCUAGUCAUAUGGAAAGCGACCAGGAGGAGGGAGGAGGGACAGAGACCAACUUUGAGAGACAUUAAUACCUCGGUGUUUGACAAAAUAGAAGAAAAACAUACUUUGUCGUGGUUUAUGCUUUUCCUGCUGCAAUACGCCCUCGAUGUAAACUACUGCUGCAACCAACGAUUUUCAUUUUCCGUUAAUCUCCAGCACAUGUUUUUGAUUUAUCUCUUUAUAAUAAUGAGACAAACGACCAUCAGUCCAAAACCCAAAGAUGUUCAAAAGCAAAAUCUGACUGAAAUGAUGAAUUCAUUAUCAAAACGCUUGCCCGUCAAUCAAUUGAUCAACAAAUUGUUUCAGGUUUGAGUCGAUCACAGGAUCUAACUGAUCCCAGAAUAUUAGAAAGUAAAUACGUGCACCUUUAAAAGGCUGAGACAUUUCUGAGGUUGAGACACUAGAUUUUCUGUUUUUCAUUUUUUAAGCAUCAUUCCUGUGAACGUUUUAUAACAUUUGUCUCCGGCUCCUUGUCAAGAACUUACUUAACCAUCGUCUUGUAUAAACAAGCAAAUCAUCAGUUGCUGUGGUUUUGAACAAGCUAAUAUUUUUUUACAGAACUCUUUAAUCUUUGUUUUGAGGACAGUUUGCUCUAUUGGGAGAAAAGAAAAAAGGCCUUAAGUGCAAUAACUGUGUUUACAGUUUGAAUCCUUGUCGACAGAAACGUUCAAUCAUCUUUUAUCUGAAUGAUCCUGAUCAAAUGAUAAACACUAAAAGAAUCUUUAAGAGUCAAAGUUCGUCUUAGUCCCUCCUCAGUUCGUAACGACACUGUACGUUCAUACAUGCUAGUGAUGGGUUAACAUGGUGAGUGCUCAGCGACUAUAAGCAAGCAAAUGCAUACACACGACCACUGUUGCAGACGUUCUCCCUCUAACUCCUGCAUUAUCUCGUGCCGUUUCUUUUUACCCAUAAUGCAUUUUUACGCCGCCACCUCUGCACUAAAAAUGCCUGUUAAGUUCUUAACUAAGGGUGCACUUUAUGUAUUUUACUUACUGUGUUGUUCUGAUUGUUGAAAUUUUGGAGAACGUGGGUGUGUGAUGGGUCAGACCUCUGGCCACUGAUACCAGACUAUCAUGGACACUUAUUAUUAUUAUUACCAUAUGAUUUACAAAGCAGUGAUGAAUGACAAUAUGAAGAGCAAACAAUGUUUUUAAACAGGUGAAGAUGUAUAGACUUUCUAGCACAAGUUGUAUAUACUGGCUCAGAUGUUCCACUCCGUCCAGCUCGGGUUCGUUAGUUAAGCAAAGUCUGUUUGAAGAAGCCGAUCAUAUUUAAGUAAUGAUAAAAAAAUAAACUAAAAAAAAUCAAUAAGUCUCCAAAUGAGCCAGUCCAAUCCACUGGUCCUGCACACGCCUUGAAAAUAAGUGGAAUCUACUGCAAACAAAAAAAAUGAAAGACUGACAUUUCAGAAACUCUGUAUCUGGAGUUUGACUUGAAAAAAGUGGGAUAAUGAGAAUAUUCAAGUUAUUUGUAUAUGUGGGAAAAAGUUAUAGACCGUUUGUCUGUAACGUUUUAUUUUGGUUCUAGAUAAAGAAUAUCUAAGAGGAGACGGCUCCUCCUGAACGUCUCCUCUUUAUCCUCAGUUCACCUGCUACCAGAGAAUCGCCCGACUUAUCUUCACAGAGAUUAAGGUAUAAACUGUAAAAUACUUAAUUUAAACUGGACUUCUCAGUUGAGGCUAUUUGAGGGUGUAUGGUUUCAAGCUGUGUGUGUAUAUUAGUUUGCUGUACAUAGUCUGAUGCAUGUUCUAUUCUUUCCACGAGCUCAAGCGGAAACAUGUAUAGCAGUGUCCCGGCUCUGGUGUGUGAUACAGUGUUUGGAUCAAGAUAAGGAGACUGCGAUCCCUGAACUGUCCUUAUCAUUUUCCUCAAACCUCGCCAGACAAAAGGGAAAAGGUUCUUUUCUUUUCUUUUAAUGUAUUUGCUUGCUGAGCAGAGUUCUCUUGUCUGUAAAUGUGAGCUUUCAGAUCGCUGUGACAAAAAGUUUAAUUAAAAACAAAUAAAAAGAAUGUGUUUUUAUCUCAUGAUAACUGAUUGUAAUCUGUACAGUCAAAAACAAAAAAGAGCAUAUUUAUAAAUGGUUACCAACUGAAA